AUUAAAACUUUAUAUCGAAAUUAUGAAGCGUGGACCAAAAACUUCGUCUACAGUGUGGGAGCAUUUUAAAAGGAGUGGGGAAAAGAAAAAUAACGUAACUUGCAGUAUUUGCAAAAAUGAAUUUAAAUAUUCCGGAAAUACAUCAAAUUUAAGGGAACAUUUAAAAAGAAAACACCCGGCUUCCCUAUUUCCGCAACGUGAACCCGAAGAAGAUGCCGAUGAAAAUGUGGUAACAUCAGUUGUAGAUCCUAGUCAAGAAAUUGACUCUUCAUCCCAUAAUUCAAGGAGACUAUUCCCUGGUGGAUCCGCUGUACCAAUACCAAUUCCCACUAACAUUACAGCAAAAAACCAAGGAAAGCCUCUAUCGAAAUCGAAAGGUUCUCGCCAACUCAGGUUAUUUGGUUCUACUAGAGGCGACGGUCUAACACCGGAAAUGAAAGAUAAACUUGACAAAGCUCUUUUGCAAAUGAUUGUAAUAGAUUAUCAACCACUGUCCAUUGUAGAAAAUAAGGGCUUCAUUAAUUAUUCAAAUAACCUGAAUCCACAUUAUCAACUGCCAACUAGAAAACUUUUAACAUCAGUAUGGCUUGAAAACUUGUACCAAGAGGAAAGUCGCAAAAUUAAGACCAUACUGACAGAUGUGGCAAAUGUUGCAGUAACAACAGAUAUCUGGACGUCAGAUAGUAACAAAGCUUACAUUUCUGUGACAAUUCACUUUGUUUAUAAUAACCAGAUGGUUUCCAGGAACAUAGCCACCAACGAACUGGAAGACGUUCAUCACACAGGAGAAAAUAUUGCAAGAGCCCUUAAUUCUAUUUUUCAAGAGUGGAAUAUCAACAAUAAAAUCGUCACAGUCGUAUCUGAUAAUGGGGCAAAUAUCAAAAAUACUAUCCGACAGAUAAACGUACACCAUCACCCGUGUAUCGCCCAUACCUUAAAUCUAACUGUAAAUGAAAGUUUAGACGAUAUUCCCUUGUUAAAUACAGUUAUUAAAAAAUACCGGUCUCUAGUUGGACAUUUCAAACAUAGUGUUGUCGCAUCUCAAAUUCUCAAGGAAAUGCAAAUUCAAAUGAAUCUUCCUAUUCUUAAGGUCAAACAGGAUAUAAGAACACGAUGGAACUCAUGUUUGAUAAUGAUGGAGAGACUUUUAAAAAUAAAAGCGCCGCUGUCAGCUGCCAUAACAUCUAUCCCUCAAGCACCUGAAUUUUUGGACACUGCAGAGUGGCAAAUAAUAGCAGACUGUGUAUCGUUGUUAAAACCUACUGAAGAUAUAACUACGGUUUUAUCGGGCGAAAAAUAUCCUACCCUCUCCAUGGUACCUCCUUUAAUUAAGGGCCUACAACUUUAAUAAAUAAGGUAGUGACCGCAGAUGUGGCAAAUCAAUUAAAAACGUGUCUAUUCGAUUCUAUAUCAAGAAGACUCGGAAAUCUUGAAUGUAACAAAAUUGUGGCCAAAGCUACCCUAUUAGAUCCCCGCUUUAAAAAAUUAGCAUUUGGUGUUUCGGGAAAUGCAAAUAAUGCACAAACAUUGGUUCAUGAAGAGUUAGUUUCUAUUCUAUCAGUGCAAACUGAAGAAGAAAUACCAAGCGCUUCCGCCGAUACUUCUACUUCUACUGUAGAAGCCAAAACCUCGGAUUCAAUUUGGACAUUUCUAGACAAUCAAGUGAAACACUCGAAGUCACAUAUUACACCAAAUGUCACGGGUGUCACAAUGAUGUUGCGUCAAUAUUAAGAGCUGCCAUAUUUAUCGAGAUCAAGUAACCCUCUGGAAUUUUGGAAAUCUCAUUCAGGGAUUUUUCCCGAUCUUUACCAGCUACAGGCAAAAUAUUUGUGCAUCCCUGCCACUUCAGUGCCAUCAGAACGAGUUUUCUCAAAGGCAGGACAAUUAACGAAUGAUCGCCGUAACCGUCUUAACCCAAAAAA